CUGGACUCCGGUCAAAGAUUUUGGUCUGCUUGCUUUUCGCUUCUCGGGGCAGGGAAAGAGGACUCCGAGGGUUUACCAAAAAGAAAUAUCUUCUGUAUUGCCGCGUUUUCUUGCUCUCUCUCUCUCUCCUCUUAAUUUUUGUGGAAUCGAUAGAGGGAAUAGCGUGUUACGGAUUUGGUUUUGAUGAUGUUGGAAAACUGAUGAUCUAGAGGUCAGAAAUAGCGAGUGGGAGAUAGAAAUAUCGAAGCUUGGUUGUGUUGUUGAUAAGGGGGAAAUAAUUUAUGAUUAUGGGUAAGAAAAAGCCACAAAAAACGAAAGAACUAUCGGUGGCAAUAGCUGAAGCUUCAUCGACAGGAACCGGAGAUGACACCCAACAGCCUCAGACUCAGCAACAAAAUCAACCUCAUACUCCUCGAAAAAGAGGAAGGCCUCGUAAGAUCACUGAGAAAACAGAAAUAAGCAAAGAAGACAUAGCAGAAGAAGCAGGAGGUGGGGCUGAAGUUUCAGAAAGCUUAUCGAAAAAAGGCAAAACCAUCGAGGGAGAAGAACAAGGUCAAGAACAGGAACAACAACAACGUCAUGCGCAGCAACAAGAGGGAUCAUCGGCAUGCACACAGUUCUCAAAGGACCCAAAAGGCGAGCCUUCGAGAAGCAGAGCUAGGCGGAAAAGCAAACCCAGAAAGAGCAGUUAAUACCUCAACUCACAAUCAUUCCUCCUUUUCUCCUCUCUUCUUUUCCUUAUUUUCAUUAAGAAAAAGGAACAAUUAUUGUGUUUCAUGGUUUGGCUUGGGUUUUCAACGAUUGGUAUUGCGGAAAAAUGAUAAAUUUCGGGAAGCGCAAGUAUAAAAGAAAUCACUUUGCGUGCGUGAUAGCUCAUGAGUUUAAUCCUAUUAUUCGUUAUCCGAACGCGGUCAGAAAGAAAGAUAAGAUUACUGGUUUGUAUUAAUUUGCCGCUUAAAGUAGCAGCUGUGUUAUCGUCUUCAUACUUUCUGCUAUCGCAAUCCUCUCAAUUUGAUUGCUUGCCAUUGUUACGUUACGGGGUAAAGGGAUUAUUUCUUUAUUCCUGUUUAGUCCCCCCUUCCUGGUUGUAGAAUUA